AUGGCUUCCAUCAACGUUAUCAUCACUCUAGGAAUACUAUUAACCUGCGGCACGGCAGUCAACUCUGCGUCUAAUUCAGCUUACCCACCUCCCUACGGCCUUGAAACCUCUGUCCACGAUAGCUUCGUUGUCCCCACCCCCGUCCGACGAGAAGUCUAUGGGGACGGCGGCAGGAUAAUCGACAUCUCUCAUCGAUACCGGACGGAUAUGCCGAGCUGGGAAAGCGAGGAAGGGUUGGGCCAGUUCCUGUGGCUGCCAGCCAGCAUGAAGAAUGGUUCGCUGGCUAAUAAUUCCGAGAUGAAGCUCCCUACUCAUACGGGGACUCACGUCGACGCCCCCGGUCAUGUGUUCGAUCACUACUUCGAUGCUGGUUUCGACGUUGAUACUCUCGACCUCGACGUUUUGAACGGUAAGUGUUUGAUUAAAUUACGAGGUGAAGUGGAUGCUUUGUUAAUCAUGGUUUUGCGUAUAGUUUACCUGGGUGCAGUUAUUGCAGAGUGA